UGCGUCGCGGCGGUUUAUAUUCCAACAUGGAGUUUAUACUGUUAUUAUCUAUCCUGAGUUUAUCUCUGGCGUUACCUAGUCAAGUUUCAGAUCCACAACCACGGCCCAACUGUAUCAAAAUGUCACCAGAGAAAGAGCAACAAAUCGACCAGAUAGUCGAGAAACUGGGGCGCUUCCUCAACAAACUGACCAUAGAGCACGAACACUUCGACAUCCGUCUCCUCAAGCUAUCCAUAGAGCAGCACACCGAGGGCGAGGACGAGAAAGAGACAGUGCUGCAGCUCUCUGUCAACGACUGUCAACUAUCAGGUGACGAAUUAGAAGAGAUUGAUCAUCACAGAGAAAAGGCGAAGCUAGAGAGAGAAAAAUCUGAAAAAGAAAAAGAAGCAGAGUUGAAAAAGGAAUCUGAUACAAAUGAGAAACAAGAUCAUACUUUGAAAGAAGAAGAGGAAAAUGAUAAUAAAUCUAAUAAUAAUAAGACACAAGACCAAAUUUCGAGUGAAAAAAUUGAACAAGAAAAUAAUAAAAACUCGGAAGCUCAUGAAGAAACAGAAAUAAAUACAGAAGAAGGAGAACAAAACGAUGAUAAUUUAAAGAGUAUCGGCAUAGUAAAACAAGACAAUCAGGAAGAUGACAAAUUGAAGAAUAAAGACAGAGAAGUAAAAAAUAAUGGCCAAGAAGAAGAGCAAUUCAUUAAUAAUGAUACAGAAGUACGACCUGAGGUUAUGAAUUUAGAUUUGGACGAUAAUGGACAGACGGUUGUGGAUGUUUUGGACAGAAAGGAAAAGGAUCCGAUAAUUGUUUACGUACAGAAACGUAACUCAGGACAAAAUAAUAUUGAUAAAGAAGUACAACCUCAUGUUAUGUAUUUAGAUUUGGACGAUAAUGGACAGAAGGUUGUAGAGGUUUGUGACAAACAGAAAAAGAAACCGAUAAUCGUUUACGUACAAAAGCGUAACCCAGGACAAUCCGAGUACUGGUUUCUUAAAAGCAGAUAGUGACGUGCCAGUUGCUGAUAAAUA